AUGGACCCCGACAUUCGACCUGUCGAGCCCGUGACCAAGCGUCCGCAGCCACCACGGUCACUCUUGGCGCCGUCGCAAGCCUUGUUCCACGUCUUGCCGUCCCCAGAGAAAAUAGUCACGAGUACGCCGCUGAAACCAACGGCACCGGGCAGUCCGCGCGCCGACCAGCUCUCGGGACUAUCACGCCGGGCGCGCGCACUCGCCCAGGCAAUCUCACCACUCAGCCCGCGCCCGUCGCUGCAAAAGCGAUGUGCCGAUGCGAUGCCGUGGCAGCUCGAGGUGAAGAACCAAGACGUUGUGCUCGACUGCCCCGAGCUGGAUGCGAACUACCCGCCGCUGCUCGACCCGUUUUGUCGCACGCUGGGCGUCGAGCAGGUCGACGCGAUCGAGAAGUUUGCGUCGAGCGACCGCAUCGGAAGCAACUACUCGCUCCCCGCUGCCCACCUCGUGAUCCGAAGGCACCUCCCGACCCCGACAGCGUCGCCGUUGGUCUUUUUAAACCCGACCAACGAGCUCGAUGCCACGGUUGGGCUGCCAGCGCUCGACAUCGCGUUCCACCCGGUGGCGGCGUCGCCCCCGAAAAUCGAGCUCCCGCUGGUCACGACGUCGGGCAAGCCCGUGUUUUCACCGCUGCCACCAAUGCUCCCCGUUGCAACCAGGUCGGUAGCGACGGUGCGCAGCUUGGCCGAGAACGACGACGCGGCCGCGCGGUACCAGUACUACCUCGAACACGUCAUUAGCACCAAGGACAUUGUUCCGAUGAACCCGCGCUGGACCGAGCACAUCCAGAAGCUCGUGGCGCGGGCGCUGCAGCAGCUUCCGCAAGCGCGGGCCGCGGCGAUUCUGCGUGCCAUGUUUGACGAGACGGUCGCGAACUACUACUUUAGCAUCAAGAAGGCCGUCCUCGACUACCUCUUGUUGCGCGAAGGAACCCAGCGCCGGCUGCACAUCCCGGGCGGCACGCCCGCCAUGUACCAAGUCCAAAUGAAGUGGAAGUGGGGCGAAGGCUACGCCCACGCGAUUGCUCCGACCCGCGGCUGGAUCGACCGCAAGCUCUUGGCGAAAGACCAUUUGAGCCAGUACCUCAUGAUCCUCGACAGCCACUUGCUUGCGCUGCAUUACGUAUGGGGCGACUUUGAGAAGCUCCUCCUCGUGGACUUGCCGAGUACGGACGGGCUCGCGUCGCACUUGGUGCCCAUGGACAUUAAGACGUUCGAGAAGCGGCAGCUCACGCAAGCCGCGCACGUCAAGCGCCUCCUUCUCGACAAGUGGUUUAACACCGCCAAGCGCAUUCUGACCACCGCCAAGAACGAAGACGUCCUCGCGUCCGCGCUCUUACAGCCCAAGCACUACUUUGACUGCGUCGCGACGCUCAUGUCGCUGCAGUUGCGCGGCCUCAUCGUGCGCUCGAUUGACGCAUACGUGGCUUUUUUCCGCAAGCACGCGUCGUGCAGUCCGCUGAAAGGUCUCCUCCUCUCGCUACAGCUCGACCACACCGCCAUCAACUUUACCACGUCGCUCGAGGAUGCGACGGCGGCGCUGCUAAACGUGCUCUUUAACAUUCCCGCCUGCUUUACGCACGUCGACCGCGUCGAAACCAAGUUUGAGCCAUCGAUUAUCCUCGGAGGGUCGCCGUUUCUCUGGGGCGUCGGGCUCCACGAAGACGAGGUCGUCCGCGCCGCCGACGAAAUCAAGGCCCUUUUGACGCACAGCAUGGCGCACGCCAGCAGCGUCCGGGCCAACUAUGCGAGAUACGCCAUGGUCGCGGCCGGCGACGUGGCGCUGGAAGCUUUUAUGGCGGCGCGCCACGACAUUGCAGCGUACGCUGCCGAGAUUGGCAAGUUUAUGCGCUUUGCCAUGCAAAUUGCCGCCGAGCCCAACCAGGGACAGUGCCCGUCUGGCUUGUUCCACGUCGACUGCACGUCGCUGAACGCGGGCUUGAUCCAGAAAGCGUCUCGCUUCAUCCAGGCGCUCUUCCAUGCGUUUUCCCAAGCCACGAUCCAGAUCAACAUGGACAUUCGACAGCAGUUUAAACUCAUGGUGAGCCGCCUCUCCAAGAAACCAGUGGAUCUGUACGAGCUCGUUGACGCCGAGGCGUACUUGACCAAGCUGCGAACACAGGAGCUCCUCGAGCUCUUUCGUAGCGUGCAGGAUGUCAAGCACCGCAUUCAAUUUCUCAUCGAGCAGGUCGAGCUCGUGCCGUCGUGUCCGGUCCUCACCGGGCUCUCGGUCGCGUCCGAGCUCCUCUCGUCGACGGCCAAGACGUUUGAAUGGAAGAACCAAAUUGAAAAAGUGAUUCGGGAUGGCGAAGUCGCGCUCCAGAACGAGCGCACGCGCAUCGAGACGACGUUUAUCGCCAAGCGGUCGCGCUUCCAGGCCGAGCUCGAAGAGCUCGAGUCCGAAGUCAACUCGUUUCAGAAGAAGAGCGAUUUGCGACACGCCACCACGUAUGUGGGGCAGCUCACGAAAGUGCGCGACGCAAUUCUGCAAGCGCGCCACACGAUUGAUACGAUCGCCGACGAGGAAGCCAAGCUCGGGUGGGUCCAAACCGACUUUCUUCAGCUCGACACGAUCUGCGAGACGCUCGAGCCGUACGACCAGCUCUGGCGCACAGCCCGCGACUUUCGUGAAGCCAGUGUGCGCUGGAUGCGGGGCAAUAUCUUCGAGCUCGAUGCCAAGGGCAACGAACGCGCGAUUCACUGCAUGAACUCGACGCUCUUGACCGCGGCCAAGCAGCUUGCAGAGACGUCGCCGGCCGCCGUGAGCGCAACCGAGACGCUUCGAAAGCAAAUCGCAGAGCUGAAAGAGUCGAUUGGGCUCAUCUCGGUCAUGAGCAAUCCGACGUUGCGAGAUCGGCACUGGAGCCAAAUUGCAACGACCGUGGGCUUUGUCAUUGAUCCGACCGAGCACUUGACGCUGCAGCGUCUUCUCGACAUGGGUGUCCAAGACCACGUUCUCAAUCUUCUUGAGAUUUCGAACGCGGCGACCAUGGAGGCCGAGAUCGAGCGCAGUCUCGAAGCGAUGGCCGAAGAGUGGCUCCACAUGGAGUUCCAAUUCGUGCUUGUGCCGUCCUCCGAGUCGUAUGUGCUCGCCGACGCGUCCAUCGCCGACGUCCACACCAAGCUCGACGACCACGUGGUCAAGACCCAAGCCAUUCGGUCGUCGCCGUACAAGAAGCCCUUUUUUGGCCGCGCAAUUGCGUGGGAACGGUCGCUGCUCAAGCUGCGCGACGUCACGGAGCUCCUCUCCGAGACGGGCAAGGCCUGGGCUUCGAUCGAGCCGCUCUUUGCAUCCAAAGCCGACAUCCCGGUGCUCGACAAGGCGUCGCCCGAAGCCAAGAAAUUCGCACUCGCCGAUAGCCACUGGCGCAGCAUCAUG